AUGGUAUGUUUGGAAUUUCUAGACCUUUCGGAUAAUAAUAUAUCGGGAACUAUUCCCAUGUCGUUGGAGAAACUUCAAUACCUCAAGUAUUUCAAUGUUUCUGCCAACAAAUUGCAUGGUGAAAUACCCUCAGGGGGUCCUUUCAAGAAUCUUUCGAGUCAAUUUUUCAUCUGCAAUGAAGAACUGUGUGGUUCUUCAAGAUUUGGUGUCCCGCCAUGCCCCACUUCAUCAAAGCACAAAUCAAAUAGGAAAAAACUGCUAGUUCUAUUUCUAUUCCUAGGACUUGCAAUUUUGUUUGUUCCUAUCAUAUUUGUGUUUUUAUCGAUAAGGUAUAGAAGAGGUAAAAGAGCUCCUCAACAAGCAGACUCAUUGUCUACAGUAACACGAGAAAGGAUUUUAUACUAUGAACUGCUCCAAGCAACGGAUGACCUUAGUGAGAGUAAUCGGGUUCGGUUUGGAAGUUUUGGCUCUGUUUACAAAGGCAUUAUCAGAUGUGGAACUGCCAUUGAAGUUAAAGUGUUCAAUCUGCAGCUGGAUGUGACAUUAAGAGUUUUGAUACGUAAUGUGAAGUUUUCCGUAGCCUUCGCCAUAGGAAUCUCGUGCUCGUUGCCUGUGAUUCACUGUGACGUGAAGCCUAGUAACGUAUUGUUGGAUGAAGAUAUGGUUUCCCACCUCAGUGACUUUGGCAUUUCAAAACUGCUUGGUGAAGAUCAGGGUGAUUUGUACACUAAAACCUUUGCAACAUUCAGGUAUGCUUUAAUUACUUCCAAAAAAAUUAAUUACACAUUAACUGCAGGGAUAAUUCCACAAGAAAUUGGAAAUCUUGUUAAUUUGAUGGAGUUAUGGAUGGAGAGCAACCAGAUGGCCGGCUCAGUCCCAAUCUCCAUAUUCAAUAUCUCGGUGCUGAAAGUUUUGUCACUGGCGGGGAACAAUCUUAAUGGAUUCUUAUCACAUAAAAUUGGCAUCUUAACGAAGAUGCAAUUUUUGUAUCAUACACAGAAUAGGUUUACCGGUGAAAUACCCAAAGAGAUAAUCAAUCUAGUUGAGUUGGAGGAACUUCUGCUAGGGUCUAAUAGAUUUAGGGGUCCACUUACAAUGGUGAUCUUCAACAUAUCAGGGCUGAGACUUGGCUUGAUUGAUUCACACAACAAUUGGCAACUUGAGAAACCUUCAGCGCUUCAACUUGAGUAA